AUGGCCAGCACCAGCACAGCAAUGGAGGUUGAAGAAGUCCCAAAGACGUUCGAAAGAGAAAGAGAUACAGAAAUUGAAAAACUAUUGAAAAUCUUAGACAUUAUAAUUAACGAGUUAGGUCCGAUAAAUGAAAAAAGCAUCUGUGAUUAUUUUAAAAAUAAAGUGAUUGACAUAGACACAUCAGAUGAGUUAGCAGGUGUUUCGAUUACCGUGUUCACAUGCCUUAGGAAAGAGGAGAAUGAUCCAACAGGACACACGAGGUAUAAGGGGUAUGUGACAAAAGUUAUGGAAACGCAAGUAGCAAUAUUAACAAUAGUGGAAAAAGUGAAGAAGGUGAAUAUAAAAUUGGAUUUUAAGGUGGCCACUCCUAUUGUCGAAUCAAUGACUAUUUAA